AUGGAGGGUACGGAUCCUGCGUUCUUGCUACCGCACAUUCAGAACCGGGGAGGUCCGCAAAACGCGCUUUACAGGUUCCGCGGAGUGCGCCAGCGCACGUGGGGGCGGUGGGUGGCGGAAAUCCGCGACCCGGAGCGCAAGGUGCGCCAGUGGCUGGGCUCGUUCGCGACGGCGGAGGAGGCCGCGCGCGCGUACGACGAGGCGGCGCUGAAGCUUUACGGACCCGACGCGCACCUCAACUUCCCCCCGCCGCGGGAAAGCAAUCCCGCGAAUCGCGCGCAGCGUCACGCCGCGGCGGAGCCGGAUCUGGACGUCGCUCGGGAGAAUUUCGACAGAGAAAUUACCAAGGCUCGUCUUUCAGGUUUGAUUGGAUCUGACGGUUUCGCAUGCGUCAUGCCAGGCACAUGGCGCCAGUUAUCACCGGGGGCGCGGACAGCGCUGGCGCGCAUCAGCCAAGGCAAUCAAUUCGGUCACCAAUACGGUGUUGGCGCCGCUACUAGCAGUGAUGGUGGUGGCGCGGCCAUUAACGGCGUCAGCCACGGUGGCGGAGCUCGGGUUAGUUCUGAGGGAGGUGUGAUUCAACUGCCGGUUCAAGGAGCGGCGGGUCACUUAAUCCAUCCACUCGGGACGACAAUGGCCAUGGCCAUGGCUCCUCGCUCAGCCAGCGUGCCGAGCGGCAGCGCGACGAGCUUCACGGAACCCGCGAGUCCCAGGCGAGUGGGCGUGGAGCUCCCGUUAGAGAAGGCCCACAGCCUCGACGCGCUCCCCUCGUUCCAAUCACAGUCGCCCAGCGUGGGAUUCCAACGGGCGGUCACGGAUCGUGGCGCGAGACUGGCUGGGGAUGGUUCACAGCAAGAAGAGGUGAAGUGGCAGCGGUACCAGCGGAAGCGGAGAGCAGUGGCGGAGGAGCAGAGGGAGAUGAGGGAGCUGGAGGACCUGUUGGAUAAGUACAAGCGGCGGCAGCAGGUGCGGCAGCUGCUGUCCGAGGCUGAUAUCGUCCAUCAGCGGGAGAUGCUUCUGACAGGCCCGGAGGUGCAACCCGUGAUGCAGCAGCAGCAGCAGCAGCAGCAGCAGCAGCAGCAGCAGCAGCAGCAGCUAGCCCCGCAGCCUGGUCCUGGGGCCACUCGCGAAGGUGCAAUCAUCAGAAGUGCUGCUAACGCCAGGUUCUCUGGUAGAGCAGCAGGUGACGGCCUUCUGGGGAACGAAAAUGAGCUCCUAGCAAAGGGUUUGGUGAGCAGCAAAGACAUCGCCAGGUUCAUCCUGGACCAGAACCUGUCAUCGGGUGGUGUAGCGUCAAAUGCAGGCCCUUCCACUGUCCCACCCACAGUUCCCGGAACUGCACCGAUGGUGCACACGGAUCGAACUGGUGUGUCAGAUGAGUCGCCCCUUGUGUCACAUAAGUUUAGAGAUGUGAGCAGGUUGCUGCAAGUGACAGACUGCCACCUGGCUUCGGCGAUUGCCACUGGUGGCUUAAACAGUGAAGGCCAUGAAGCUGUGCGUGGCCAUGGGUACAGAACUGGUGCUGGAGCACCAGGGGGGGAUCUAGCUACAGGCUUUGCAGCUGACCAACCACAGGCUCGUCAGACCCCAGGGCUUCCAAGCAUGAACACUGCAGGACACACACAGGAUCUUCGAAGAGGUGCUGUUUCUUCGUUUAUGGGUGAGCCGAUGGUGGGAAUUCGUAACAGUGUGAAUGGUUUGCCAUGCACAGGUCAAAGUAGAGGAGAUAACAUGAUGGAGAUUCCAGUAGAUGGUGUUGGUUCUCUUGGGAUUUCUCCCGAAAUGGAGGCCAUUUCAGGUCUCAUUGGUGAAGAGGCUGCUCAGAUUCUGCUCCAGGAGCUCCUGUGCAAAGGAGACAUUGCAGUAGGCAAUAGCCAGUGGGGCAUUUGA